AUGCAGACUCAACUUCGAAACUAUGCGGCUGGCCGCAAUGUGCGUCCCUUUGGCCCUGCGCGCCCCGCGGCGCGCACCCUUGUGCAGCGCCGCGCUGCGGAGGUCGCCACCCCAGCGGCGGCCCCGGCCCUCUUCACAGAGCUGGACCAGGCCUGCCAGGCCUACAAGAAGUCCCCCCCUUCCCUGAAGCUGGACUUCUCCGCUGAUGUGAAGGCCUCCUUCGAGUCCCUCAAGGCCGCCGGUGCGCUGCCAAAGUGGGGUGCCGCCAACGAGGCCCUGCCCGCGCGCCGCAACGUGUUCCCUGGGGAGCUGCGGCAGGUCGGCAUAAAGAGCCCCGACAAGCUGGCGGUGCCCUCCAUCCGCAACGACGCCACGUUCCUUGCGACCACGGUUGUUGGCUUCAGCGUGCUGGCGGUCGCCCUCGGGCAGCUGCCAGGCGACUGGGGCUUCUUCGGUUCCUACCUGUCUGGCGCCAUGAUCCUGGUGGUCAUGGGCAUUGGCUCCACCGCCCCCGGCCUGCUGCAGGUGGUCAUCGACCAGUUCAGCCAGCUGUUCCCGGACUACAAGCAGCGCGUGCUGUCGCACGAGGCGGCGCACUUCCUGGUCGGCUACCUGCUGGGUGUCCCGGUGACGGGCUACAGCGUGGCCAUGACGCGGGAGCAUGUCGAGUUUGCAGAGGCCAAGCUGCAGGCGCGUAUUUUCACGAAGGACCUGUCUGAGAAGGAGGUGGACGCCCUGGCCGCAUUUUGGCUCGUAUCCCCUUGCUUCUCCGAGUUUUUUCUCUUUUGGCCCAGCCUUCAGAUUCAGGUUUCAGACCACUUGCUCAUGCCCACACACUGA